CGAGAUAAGGAACCUAUAAGUGGAAUAAUGAUGAUUUAUAACAUGUACUUUGGCGUUGACCGAAGUUAAGACGUCAUCUCAGUGUUUCAUGUUGCCUUCUGUGGGAAUGACGACCUUUCCAACAUGGCCGCCAGUAGCCUCGGUCGUAUCGGGCUGCCGUAGCGAGCUUCUCUAUCUCGUCGUUAUACUUCUAUGUAGGGUACUGGUCUUAGUGUCAACAACACAAGCUGCCGUGUGCUGCACUAAAAUGUCCUAAAUUUUGUGGUGAACCUGCCGAAUCAUCGUCACAAGUGGAAACUUUUGUGAUCGUCAUGUAAAAAAAUGUUUGCAAGAAGGACAGCAGAGUGCGAGGAGGAAAUUUGGGGACCAAAACAGGAGAAGGAACCACAACGUAGACUACAGGAGGCUUUGUCUAACAUGCAACCUCGGAUUGUGCUAUCCAGAACUGUGACGACAGGUAUCCUGAAAGGCUAGUUGGUGGAGUUCGAUUCGUACCCUUUCCAAAACCGAAGACCCAGUACGAAAAAUGCCUUCAAUGGAUCAAACUUUGUGGAAGACUGCAUUAUCAACUGAAUCCAUCAACCGGAACAGAUAUGCUUGCACGAAGCUAAGCUAAACCGGACUAGCAGUCCUAAAAGCCUUCGACGUGCACCGAGACACCAAGACUGAAGGAAGGAUGUUUGAGGACACUAAAGUAGAAAAAAAUCCAUCUAAUAUCAACCGGAACACAUGUUUGCAUGAAGAUGUCAGUGAAGAUCUUCAUCCUGAGCAGCUGAAGCCAGAGUCGCCGAAUAUGAAAGAGGAAGAGGAGGACCGAGAGGUUCAUCACAUAAAAGAGGAAGAAGAGCUGGAGUGGCCUCGCAUCAAAGAGGAAGAAUUUUUGCACGUUAAAAAGGAAGAGCAGGAGGAAAUCAUCGAGCUUCCGUCGACCGGUGUCGAAGAGUGAAGAUGAAGGUCAAAGUGAGGAGAGGAGAGGGGCGGAGCCUCCAAGCAGCAACUCGAGACAACACAGGACAACAGAAAGGGAUGGAGGCCAUUGUGGAGGACCUCAAGUGGACGAUCUCUUCGCUCCAUCAUCACAUAGUGAUGACAUGAUGUCACACUCUCCUCACACUGAUAAGGAUAAGGAACAGUUUGAAGGUCACUCUGACAACAAAUGCUUGAAUUUGAAGGAGCACAUGAGAAAACAAACUGCCGAUAAACGUUUUGACUGCUCAGUGUGCAGUCAGAAAUUUUCCAGAAAGGGAACCUUAAAAAAUCACACAAGAACACACACGGGUGAGAAACCUUUUGUCUGCCCAGUUUGUGGUAAAAAAUUUGCUCAAAGAAAAAAUUUGACAGCGCAUACAAAAACACACACCGGGGAGAAACCUUUUUCCUGCUCAGUUUGUGGUCAAACGUUUUCUCAGAGACAUCAUUUGACCACUCACACAAGAACGCACACGGGUGAAAAACCUUUUGCGUGCUCAAUUUGUGGUCGAAGAUUUACUCACAGCAGUCAUUUAACGACUCACACAAGAACCCAUAGUGGAGAAAAACCUUAUGCCUGUUCGGUUUGUGGUCAAAGAUUCUCUGCGAAUGGAACCUUAAAAAUUCACACAAGAACGCACACUGGAGAAAAACCUUUUACCUGCUCGGUUUGUGGUCGAAAAUUCUCCCAUAGCAGUCAUUUAACAACACACACGCGAAUGCACACUGGAGAGAAACCUUUUGCCUGUUCAAUUUGUAAUCAACGAUUCUCUCGAAAGGCAACCUUAACAUAUCACACAAAAACUCACACAAGUAGAAAAGCUUUAUCUUGCUUAGUUUGUGGUCAAACCUUUGCUAAAAUAACAAAGUUCAUAACCCAUAUUAAAGCACACCCUGGCGAGAAGCCGUUUGCCUGCUCAAUUUGUGGUCGACGAUUGACGCAAAGCAGCUAUUUGUCAAUACACACCAGAACCCACACUGGAGAGAAACCCUUUGCCUGCUCAAUUUGCGGUCAAAGUUUCUCUGAAAAUGGAACCUUAAAAGUACACACAAGAACACACACUGGAGAGAAACCUUUUGCCUGCUCAAUUUGCGAUCGUAAAUUUGCUCAUCGCAGUCAUUUAACGACGCACACAAGAACCCAUACUGGAGAGAAACCCUUUGCCUGUUUAGUUUGUAAUCAACGAUUCUCUCGCAGGGGUACCCUAAAAUAUCACACAAGAAUACACACAGGUCAGAAAGCUUUUUCCUGUUUAGUUUGUGGCCAAACAUUUGCUCAAAGAAUACAUUUGACAACUCACAAAAGACCACACACUGGCGAGUGACGGGUGUCAAAAUGUCUUUCUUGAAGCUGAAUAAAUGCAAACGGAUCUUGAAAAAAACUAAUUCCAGAUCCAGUGGGUUGACAAUAUUUAUUUAGUUUGCCACGUCCAACAAGCAUUAACGCAGUGUUUUCCUAUGCAACGAUAACCUCAAGGUGAAGGUGCUGAAUAUCGAGGGAAUGCAUCCAUGUCAUAAAAUUACGUGAUUUUUAUUUACGCCGCUAUACUGUCGGUCAAAUAAAGCAUUGUUGAAAGUUAAUUCCGUUGAGACGAAACGAAAAUACGUUUGAUAGCACGACACCCAGAAUUUUGUCCGAUACCGUUAAACAUUUAGAAUGUGAUAAUAAACGAAUGUACGUGGAAAAAUGAGAGACACUUGGCAUAGAUGAUCCAUAUUUCAUGCCGAAGUCGAUGUUUUCGCCCAUAAGAAAUUGGACUGUUAAUUCACUUCCGCUUGUCUUGGACAACUGGAUCUACACGUGUCUGAUGAAUAAGUCGUCGAGAUUUUCACAGAAGAGUUUGAAAGCGUAUAAAAAUCUGGACACAUACGAAUACUUCCUUGCUGGAUGGGUCAGAUAUGUCGUGUCCUGUAGAACUGAACGAUAUAAGUCUCAUUUUGUGACGGCAAAGGUAAGCUGCAACUUGCAAUACUAGAUCUUGCAUAACUCGCAUAAACCAGGGUGUUAGAUCUAGCUAUGAUUUUGGUCUAAGUUAUUGCCGAUAUAGAAGGCCUCACGAUUUUUUUAAAACUGACAACAACAAAUCUAACUGGAGUGUUUGAAGCUCAGUAAGAUUUUUCAAUACAGAUUCAAAUAUUUAAAAAAAUGACCCCUGGUUUUACGCAAAUCCGGAUUUAUUAACUAUGAUUGGAAAUACAUUUAGGACAGGGUGUCGUCUUCUCCGUACACGGAAGCCUAUUGCUGCCACACGUUAACCUCUAUAAACCUCUCUGUGAUAGGCCUAUUAUUUUAUUUUUAAUAUGCAUUGUUGUCAAAUGAGUCAACUUGGCAUUAUCAAUACUUCUUAAUAAUUUGAGAUUGAGAAGAAUAAUUCCUACCUGAAACGAAAUGAUUGCUACACAGACGUAUGUAUUUGGUUGACUAAAUCUACGGGUUGUUUUCACGUGACGUCACCCGUUGUGCUGCCUUGAACGGCGACCAUUUUCGACCGCUAAGCUCCGUUACUCAUACAUACGUAUGGUGGACGACAUUAUGUUUCUAACCGCAUUUAUUGAAGACGCAACAGACAGCACGUCAAGCCCAGACUGACGACUAGGCUACAUUGCAUGCACACAGCAUGAGACUCAGGACUGUGUAACAAAAGCGCAGUAUUGUGCCCUUGAUCUUUUACUCUUCGUGACAGAAAUGACAAAGGACAAGCACUUACCUGUAUGGUAACGCGGUAAACGAAAGGCAGUGGAUUAUGCUUUUAUAUCAAUGAGGAAUGAUGCACGGAUGGUACAGAACUCAGCACAUGUAGCA